AUGUAUGCUCGAGAAAAUUCUGAACACGGCAAUAUUUCUCAUAUUCAACAAACCUUAGAAAGUGAAAAUAAAACUUGGCAAGAUACAUUAUAUAAAUUUUAUUUUCGUUCCAAUCGUCUUUAUAAACAAAUAAUUUAUUAUGGUUGGCGUUUUGCUGAAUUACACGCUUUUAAAUUAGUUCUACUUAUAAUGGUUCUUGCUUCUGUACUUAAAGUAUGUGCCUUUAAUGUCAUAUUAAUUAUUUUAGUAACAAUUGGUUUAACAUUAUUUCAUCUUCGAAAAUUAAUUAAUUCAUUAACAUUAAUUGCUACAGGUCUUUAUAUUCUUGCAUCAAUGUGUUAUCAAUUAGAAAUAGCAAAACAACACAUAGUUGAAAAAAAUUUUUUUGUUAAAAAUUGUUCUGAAAUUGAUUCAAAUAUGAGUUCAAUUCCGAAUGAUACAGUUAAAUGGUUUGGUCUUGAAUUAACACCUAAUAUUGAUCGAUUUAUUGGUCUUUAUAUAUUAUUAACAAUUUGUUUAACAUUUGAUGCAAUAGUACGAUAUCGACAAAAACAUCGUCGCUUAUUAUUAUCAGUUCAAUUUAGUGUUCAUCUUGUAGAAAAUCGUUUUCCGAUUUUAUUUGAACCAUUUGCAUUAAAAAAUAUGAAUGAUGAUACGUAUGAAUUUGAUAUCGUUAAUUAUAAAGAAGCUGAUGAAGGCAUUUGCAAUUUUUUGAAAUAUUUAGUAAAUUUUAUUUUUUAUCGAUUUGGUUUGGAGAUAUGUUACAUAACAACAGUUAUUGUUGUUAGUAUUCGUCUUGAUAUGAUGGCUGUACUUUAUGCUAUUUGGCUGGGAUUAUUUUUAGUAACGAGUAGACGUUUUGCUCAACGAAUAUGGCUGUGUUAUAUUAUUUUUUUAAUCAUUUCUUUUCCACUUCAGUAUAUGGGUACUGUUGGAGCACCACCAUUUCUUUGCUUCGGUGAGUACUUUCUAUUUUUCAAUUAA